UUCUGGACACAUGACAUGAUCAGAGGAGCAUUGGCCACUCCCCUUAUUAAUGUGUGGUCUCUCAUUAAUGUUAUUCUCAUUUAUGACAACCCACACAAACAGAAGAGGAGGAAGAAGAAGAUGAUGAUGAUGAUGAAGGAGAUGUGUAAGAGAGAGAAAAAGAAAUAAAUAGGGGAGGGGCAUUCUUGGUAUUUCACAUCCCUCCCAAGGCUCUUCUUCACAGUUCACAAACUAGUUGACCCUUAAAAUUUCAAGCCGUAGCUUCCUUCCCUCUUCCUUAAUCCUCUCUUUCUUUCUUUCUCUUCUCUUCUCAGUAUAAAUUAAUAAAAUCAUCAAGAAACAGACAGACAGACAGACAGAAUAGAUAGAUUGGAAUUGAUCGAAGAUGGUGGAAUUGGAUUACUUCCAUUUGUUCUGGGGGGUUUUGAUCUCCUACGUUGGGGUGGUUCUUGUCCUAAAAGUGGUGGUUCAUCUGUGGUGGACUCCGAGGAGGAUCGAAAACCAUUUCAUGAAGCAAGGGAUUCGAGGGCCAAAGUAUGAGUUUUUCUUGGGGAAUUUGAAGGAGUUGGCUACCCUUAACUUGACAGCCUCAGCUCAAUCCAUGGCCCCCUCCCACAAUAUUCUCCCCAGAGUCCUCUCCUUCUACCACCAUUGGAAAAAAAUCUAUGGGUCGAUGUUUCUUGUCUGGUUCGGGCCAACGGCGAGGCUGACAGUGUCCGAUCCGGCGCUGAUACGGGAAAUCUUCCUCGUCAAGCAGGAUAUGUUCGAGAAGAAUGAGUCCCCUUUAUUGGUCAGGAAGAUCGAAGGCGACGGCCUCCUCAGCCUCAAGGGCGAGAAAUGGGCGCACCAUAGGAAGGUCAUUCAGCCCACCUUCCACACUGAGAAUCUCAAGCUGAUGAUUCCGAUGAUGGCGAAGAGCGUGGAGGAGGCGGUGGCGGAGUGGAGCGAGGAAAUGGCGGCGGCGGGGAAGGUCGAGAUCGAGGUGUCGGAAUGGUUCCAGAAUCUUGUCGGAGAUGUGAUUACACGUGUCACUUUUGGCAGCAGCAGUUACGCCGAGGGGAAGGCCAUUUUCGACCUGCAGUCGGAGCAGAUGGCGCACGCCACCGAGGCUUACCAGAAGGUCUUCAUACCCGGAUACAGGUUUUUGCCGACGAGGAAGAACAGGAUUUCUUGGAGACUGGAAAAGGAAAUCCGGAAGUCGCUUCUGAAGCUGAUCGAUGGGCGGCGGCGGAGAAAUUCGGGGUGUCAGGUGUCAGACGAAUGUCCGAAGGAUCUGCUGGAGGUGAUGAUACGGGCGGCGGCGGGGGACGAGGCGGCGGCGGCGACGGCGAUCACGGCGAAGGACGUGGUGGAGGAGUGCAAGACGAUAUUCUUCGCGGGGAAGCACACGACGGCGAAUCUGCUGACGUGGACGACGGUGUUGCUGGCCAUGCAUCCCCAGUGGCAGGAACAGGCACGUGAGGAGGUGCUGAGGGUGUGCGGAGCACGUGACACCCCAACUAAAGAUGAUCUCGCUAAGCUCAAAACGCUGGGAAUGACUCUGAACGAAACACUGCGGCUGUACCCACCAGCAGUGGCAAUAAUCCGACGGGCCAAAAUGGAUAUGCAGUUGGGUGGGCUCCACAUUCUACGCGGCACCGAGCUGCUAAUUCCAAUCCUGGCCGUCCAUCACGACCCGGCUCUAUGGUGCAACGACGUACACGAUUUCAACCCGGCCCGGUUCGCCAAGGGCGUGCCCUUAGCCGCCAAGCACCCGAUGGCUUUCAUGCCAUUCGGCUUGGGGGCGCGCCGCUGCAUAGGACAGAAUCUAGCCGUCCUCCAAGCCAGAUUAGCCUUAGCCAUCAUUCUCCAGCGCUUCUCCUUCGAGCUCGCGCCGGCUUACCAGCACGCGCCGUCCGUACUCAUGCUCCUCCACCCGCAGCACGGCGCGCCGGUUGUCUUCAGGAAAUUAUAGUUGGGGAUGCGGAAUUACAAAUAUGCCCCUGCAUAUAUAUUUUUUAAAUCGUUUUGAAAAAGAAAAAAAAAAAGAAAAAAGGAAAAAAAGAAAAAAGGUAAUCUUGAGCUUGUUCUUGUCCUCUGUCUAACAUCUUUUACAGGUAUUUCCUCUUAGGACUUGUAGAACUCUAACUUAGAUCAUGGGAUGAAUGUUUCAUAGGAUUUUGGUUUUUUGUCCUAACAGCCCCCCUGCCCUACCCACCCCUUAUUUUAUUUUUAUUUUUCACUUUCUUAGUCUUAUUUGAUUCAAAUGUUUGAAGGGCA